CUUCUGGUUUCUAUUAUCUAUGUAUGUGAGCUUGUAGCUAUGGGAUAAAGAAAAGUGCGCGGGAAUGCAAUUAAUUCAAUAUCGACAUAUUAUUUUUUAGUUUCAUAUUUUGUUGGAAAGAUAGAUUUAUAUCUUUUUGAAUGUUAAAAUUAAGAAAAUUUGGUAGAAUAGAAUGUUAAAUUGAUUCUCUUCUCUUAAAUUGAUUCUUUACGAAGAGAGCUUAGAACAAGGGUUGUCAUGACAAACGAUAGCAACAACAUAUAGAUGAAUGUAAAGUGUUGUUUGGACGUAAAAGUAAAACAUAUCUGUGAAUUAUGUACUAACGUACUCUUGUACAUUAACAAUGGCUAAUAAUGUUCUUAGUAAUGGUCGCAUUCAACAACAAGCGACUGUCUCGCAACGAUUAAGAAAUGAUAAGGGGAAAAAAGCGCUAGAAAUAUCAGCGAUAGAGAGUAAUAAUUGGUUGUUGCAUCGACAUUAUACGCGACACGAGUAUAAAACUUGUAAAAUAUUGAUCGAUCAGGAACUGACAAGAUCAAACGGGUAUAAUGAGUACGCGAAUUAUUUGAAAGGGUUAAUAUUGAGGCGAGAAGGAAAAAUUCAAGACUCGUUAAGUUGCUUUCAAGCCGCCUAUAACGUCAAUUCAACGAACGUUAAUAACGUGAAGCAGAUAGCCAAGUCGUUUUUAAUAAUGGGCAGUCACAAACGUGCAGUCGACGCAUACUUAGAGGCUGAGAAAAUAUUAAAUAUACCAGACUGGGAAAUUUAUUUUAACCUAGGCGAAUGUUAUACGAAAAUGAAUCAACUGUAUGAAGCGAAAAAGCAUUUAAAAAGAUCGAUCGAGUUAACGAAAAAUGAAUUGCCAUACAUUGCUCUCGCGAAAAUGUGUCUCCUCGAAGAUCAUGUUACAGAGGCACAGAAUGCUUAUACGGCUGCUCUUAGUGGAAAUCCCGAAAGCAUAGAAGCCGCAACUGAAUUAGGACUCCUCUACCUUAAAAUUGGCGAUGUUCAACGAGCAUUCCAACAAUUUGGCACUGCAGUCGCUCAUUCUCCAAAUUGUACGAGAGCAAUUCUACCGAUAGCCUUUAUAAUCCAAAAUCACCAAGAGUACGAUGUUGCGCUGUCGAAGUACAAGUUGGCAGCGCAAUCGAUUCCAGAAUCGUAUGCUUUAUGGAAUAACGUCGGAAUGUGUUUUUACGGCAAGCAGAAAUUCGUUGCCGCAAUUAGCUGCUUGAAGAGAGCUCACUACCUCAAUUCUAUGGCCUUUCUGCCCGCCUAUAAUUUGGGUAUGGUUUUUCUGACCACUGGCCAACCAGCCUCAGCCGCAAUUUAUUUGUGUGCUGCAGUUAGCGCGGAUCCUAAAAAUCCAAUGCCGUAUCUCUUGCUUGGACUCGCUCUAAAACGUCUGGAGGAUCUGGAGGGUGCGGAGAAAGUGUUGCAGAAAGCUCAUGCUCUUUCACCGCAAGAUCCCCUGGUAUUAAUCAAUUAUGCGAUAAUAUUGGAGGCACAGGGUAAGGGGAAUAUCGCGGCUGAAUUUUUAACAGCGCUAAAUGAUAUUACGGCUGUGAUUGACGUAGACGUGCAGAUAACGCAGACUGCGAAGAAAUUGUCAACGAAAAUACAACAGGAAACAGCAAGCAGUAAACAGGAGGAAGAGCUAAGGAUGUUAAAUUCGGAUGAAGUUUAAACCGCUGCAUUUGCUUAUUUGAAUAUAAAGAAUCUACCUCCAAAGUAGUUAGUUUGACACUUGUUAAUAGACUUCACAGUGUAUGUACUACCGAUGAUGUAGCCUGAACUUUCUAUUCGGACUUCAUAUUUCAUUUUACGUAUAAAUAAUAUUACGAAUUUCGAUUGUACAGUAAAUAUAAAUUAUUAAACAAAAAUGUAACUAAAUUAGCUGAGAAUUAAACAUACAUAAAUAGAAACGUGCAGACUGAAAAUGUAUACGAAUAAAUUAAAUAUAAAGUAUUUA